AUGGCGCAGCCGGGUAUUCCUGGUGGUUGCCUGGUGCGCGGGGUGUGGAGGAGCCUGCCGCACCCCGCUUUCGCCUACACCGGCAUCCCCCACCUGCCGCCGCCCGGCGCGGAGCACCUGAAGGCGGCCGUGGCCGGCUCCUUCCCGCUGGAGCACUGGAUCAGAGCCGGGAUGCUGGUGCCGAGGCUCUCCGACUUCCACGCUGCCCCACAGUCUGGCUUGAUGGGGAAGUGCCGUCGCCCCCGCACAGCCUUCACCAGCCAGCAGCUCCUGGAGCUGGAGAACCAGUUCAAGCUCAACAAAUACCUGUCCAGACCCAAGCGCUUUGAGGUCGCCACGUCACUGAUGCUCACUGAGACGCAGGUGAAGAUCUGGUUCCAGAACCGCCGCAUGAAGUGGAAGCGGAGCCGCAAAGCCAAGGAGCAGGGGGCUCAGGUGGAGGCUGAGAAGCAACGAGGGCUCAGCAAAGCCUGUGAGAAGCUGCUUCCCGGCGAGCCCCAGGGACAAGCUGCUGAAAGCCCCGAGUUCAUGGGGCACAGCCCCGGCUCGGGCUUCCUGCACCGCAGCACUGCUGAGCUGGGCUACGGCCCGGACUCCUCCUGCUCAGGGGGCGAGGAGGAAGAAGAAGAGGAGGAGGAUGAGAUGGGUGCCACGGAGAGGAAGAUCAGCUCUGUGUUGUGA